AUGCCAGCUCAAAAAUCUUUCAGAAUCAAGCAAAAGUUAGCUAAGGCUAAGAAGCAAAACAGACCAUUACCACAAUGGAUCAGAUUAAGAACUGACAACACUAUCCGUUACAAUGCCAAGAGAAGACACUGGAGAAGAACAAAGUUGAACUUCUAA